UUUAAAGGCAACUUGUUUGUUUGUUACUUGUGUGCUGCAUGAUAUCAGUAAUUUAAUUAUCUUCUACCAAAUUGGAGAAAGGUGCAUGUGAAUCAAAUGUCAGUCACGACACUUCAAUGAUGCUAUUCACUUUUUGCUCUUCACUCUUGGGCUGUGAACGUCAUAUUUUGUUUUCACAAUGUGAACGUCAUACACUACAAGAAAAUGCAUCUUCAGUCACGGGAACUUUUUGUUGAUCGGCGGUAAGGGAAUUAUGCUGAGCGGGAAAGAAAAAGCUAAAAUGUUUCAUUUGGCGGCCUCCCCAAAAAUUUGACUCCCUGAAAAUUGUAAGUGUCUCGCCUUCUCUAUUCUUAGGCUUAUUUUCAUUUUGUUUGAACUCUGUGCUUUUAACUUUACCAAACAGAUUAAUUCCCCACAUCCUUUCCUUUCUCUACUCUCUCGCUACCAAGCAAACCAGAAAAUCAUCUUCUCCGCUCCGUGAACCUCUCAGUCCUCCACCACCAACGCCCACCGCGAAUCCACAUCUGUCUCAGCUUCAACUACGAGACCUACAUCUAGGGUCAUGAGAUCUUAGUAUAUGCCGCCGCUCUUGCUCCAGGGCCGAUUUAGUUAGUCAAGCUCAGGGUUCUCGUGAAGUUUUUGCCUCCCCCGCCUCAUCCAAUCAACCGUCGCCUCGUCAUUCACAGCGCCGCAAUCCGCUCCCUGGCCGAAGAGUUCCCUAAUUUCGGAGCGGGUUUACUAGAUUAGCCAUGCAUUUUUUUUUCUCUCCGGCCAUCAUUUCCCCUUCUUCAGAUCGAGGCAGAUCCACUACUCCCCUACAGAACUCAAGCCAUUCCUGGCCAUUAUCGGCGCUUCUUCAUCAUCACUGCGUUUCCUAACCAGUCUCUUCAUUAGAUGAUGGCUUACCAUGUCUUUUGUUUUGAUUUUUGUUUACUCGUUUGGGGGUCAAACCGCUAGGAUAUGAUUUUUGGCUUUUAUGCUCGACCUGGCCUGAUGGCGUUCUUGGUGUUUGCUUCUGUGGUUGCAGGUUCUGUAAAUUGAAGCUCCUUCACCUCUACCAUGGCCUCCCAUUACAGAUCUAUUACAAACCCUGCCAUCUGCAUUCAGCUUCCCCUGUUUCAUAUAUUCAAUAAGUAUUAUCAAUAAUAAUAUCUCUCAUCUUUUUAUUAGAAUGAUAUCAAGUUACUGCAAAAUAGACUUCUCGUCACUUUUCGAUUUGUUUUUUAGUUUCUAUUUUGAUGAUGCUUUCUUUGAUGCUCUAAUUUAUAAAUUGGCUACCGGAAGGCAAUUUAGAUGUUUGAUGCAGGGUAAGACAGUUUAGAAAGGUAGACCGAUUUAGGAAGACAGUUUAGAUGUUUGAUGCAGGGUAAGACAGUUUAAGUGAUUCCAGAUACUUUAAUGUCAUUCAUGUUGCCAUUUUGAUUAAUAUGAGAACCAUAAGUGUGAAGUUUAGAUGUUUGAUGUUUGAUAACCAGAUACUUUCAUACCAUUCCUUUUAUUCAGCUAUUGUUUUGUUGUCUGGAGAAUCUUGCAGUAUAUGUAUGACAACAUUUUAGCAGAUUUCUCCAUGGCCAGAUUAAUUUGGAUCAGGUGGCUGUUGCAGAAAGCUUCUUCACUUUCGGUACUCUCUCUAUUCCCUAUAUCUUUUUAUAGUAGUUAGCGGACAUGUAAGAUGUAAUUAGUGAACCAAACAUGGGGAUGACUAUUUUUUUUUUUUUGCUCGAUCAGGCUUUCCUUCUGCAAUUGCAUGAAUUAGGUUCUUAGUUUUCUUCAUCUUUCCUCUGUUUCUUGUUGUUUAGUGUCGUCACCCAAUCCCUUUUUGCCGAAGGACAACUCUCUGGUUGUACUUCUUUGCUUGUUGUUGAUGUUCAUGAGUAUGAUAUGCGGCCUGAUGGAUUUACUCAUAAGGGGGGGAAUUAAUAGAGUAUAUAGAUGCUUUUAAUCCCUUCGUCCAAAAUUUAAUUUGCUACUAUUGCCAUUUGUUUGAUUCUUAGCAACAGAUGUCACUUUGCAGGGAAAAUUAUGCUCAUAAUAGAAGCCUAUUUAUCUGAGUUCAAUCGACAAUGGAAGGCAGGAUGACGAGACAAGAUAAAGCAACUGUAUUUCAAUGUAAUGUACAUAGAUGAUCAAAACAAGUUUCCUGAUUUUUCUUUGUGUGUGUAUACAUAUGUUUGAUCAAGUGAAAUGAUCAAUUGGAUUUAUGUUAGGUUCAAUUUGGUUAGAAUGCUACAAGCAUUAAACCUCUUAAUUGUAUAACAUUGAUGUAUGACCUUUAUAGUAUCAUUCACAAUGAAAUUAUAUAUAAUGUAUGAUUAUGGUGAUGACAUGGAUGCUCUAAAUGACUUUCUAGUUUUUGUAAUGCUAUUAAUAUGAACAAAUAUCAAAGACUAAUUACAAAUAAAAAUCAAGGGAUUGCCCAUGAUCAUUGUGGGUGAGGAAAGUGUCAAAUCUCGGGUCGAGAAAUACAACUAGUCAUGGGAAUUCCGUGGCUAUUUUAUCUCAAAGUCACGGGAAAUUGCCUGUGAUUAAUGAUUAGUCACGGGAAUUUACUGUGAUGACAUAUACCAUUUGUCAUGGGGUAUUUCCCGUUGUCAAUGAUUCACAGUCACGGGAUAUCCUCGUGAUAAUUUACCUUCGAUCACGGGCACGCUUGACACGGGAAUAUACCGUGACAAAUGCUUUCCGUCACGGGAAUUGGCUCUUCAGUUACGGGAAAUCCGGUGAUCGAAGGUGAAUAUUCCUGUAGAUACCUUGGUUGCUUGGUUUAUUGUUUAUUAUUUUCGUUUGUCACUCGCAAAAAUUUCACACACUUUGAUUCUCAUUUUAUUUUGUUAAUCAUUGUCAUGGGUUGUUUGAUUUCGUCAAAUUCAUUUUGCAUGACAGUAAGCUACAAGACUUGACCGAUGACAAAUAAAAUUUGAACAAUGGAAGAUAAAUGGUAAUAUACUAACACCCCCAAUUCUUUGACUAAGGUUCAAUACUUCAUUCUUGAUUUCAAUGAUUAAACCAAACAACAACUAAAAAUAGUCCAAACAAAGUUUUCAUACAAGGUGUGAUCCACACAUUUUGAUACGAGCAAGGAAGCAGUAUUCGUAGUUAUCAAAGUAGCAGAGCCAUGAACAUAGAUUAGAGUUAGGGAUAAAGCGGAAUUGAAGUGCAAUCUCACACCUUGGAAAAGGCUCGAUCAAUAUAGGGUAGAAGCUCGACCACAAUCAAGGAGAAUACUCGAUUGAUACAAAACACAAAAUUCACAAGCCAAAGCUCAAUGAACAAGAAUAAAAUAAAAAAUCUUCAAAGUCUUCCCUAAAACUAGCGUCUUAGCCUUUGUAUAGGCCAAAGAAACAAAAACUAAUUAAAUACCCAAAAAGAAAAAGAAUCCUAAACACGAAAUGUAAUUUGAACCUGCCAGAGGCUUUUCCUCGGUCACCCUUCUUUUGUUCCUCGAUCGGGGGAUGCAUUCUUCAUGGUCGGGGCCUCGCCUAUUCCUGAUGCGGCCCCACUCACCUUACAUGACGUUACUCGAGCUCAAAUUAGAUCUCUACAUGGACCAUGGGUCAAGAGAAGAUUUAAGAGGUUUAAAGAGAUCUUGGGAGCUUUAAAGGUGGAAGAAAAGGGCUCUACAAGCGAGACCUACGAGUUUGUUCAUGUGAAAUUGAAUGCCAACAUAUAUAGUUCUCGUGGUCCAAAAAUGAAGGUUUGAGUACAACGAUACAAGGAUCAAAUGAGAUCGUUCUUGAUGGACAUAGAUUUGCAUAAAGGAAAGCCCAUCACAUUGCUUCGAUUCGUGGAACUAAAUCAUGAGAAGAUGGGCUUGGAAGAAGGAGAAGAAGAUUCGGCCUAGAAUGAAGGAAUUCCCCCAUGGUGUGAACAGAAGGUGUGAAAGGAAUACAAGUGUGAAAGGAAUAUCAAGUGUGAAGACAAGCCAUGUGAGGGAGGAUUUUAAGGUUAGAAUUAGGGGUGAAAGCUUGUCCCGGAAGACCCACUGACCCAUCCCGACCCGUCCCGUCCCUAAGGGUCGGGACGGGUCAAUUUGUCUACAGGGACAGAUUAGGGACGGGUCAUUUGUUGACCCUGCAAGGGUCGGGACAACUUAGGGACGGGUCACGUUUUGACCCUGUGACCCUUAGCAACAACAAAUAUCUCAUACUUCAUUGGACCUUUUUGUAAAGUUUUAAAAGUUUAGGUACUAAUUUGUAAAAAUAAAAAAUUUUGGGUACCAAAACGUAAUUUUACCAUCAAAAUUUAUGGACUUAUUUGUAAAAAAAUAAAAUUUAGGUACUAAAUUGUAAGAAAAAAUAAUUUUGGGUACCAAAACGUAAUUUGUAAAAAAGUAGUGUGUUGAUUAGGGUCGACCCACUGACCCGGCCCGUCCCGUCCCGUCCCAACCCUUGAGGGUCAGACAGGGUCAAGAAGGAGACAGGGACGGGACGGGACGGUUAUACAUCUUGACCCUUCAGGGACGGGUCAGACAGGGACAGGGACGGGACAUGCAAAUUUUCAGCCCUAGUUAGAAUUAAGGGUUGAAAAAGUAAAAUUUGUUUCCUUUUCUUUGUAGGACUUUGUUUACUUGUUUGUUAAGGUUUUUGUUUUCCUUUUUCAAGUAGGAUUUGGUUUUCCUUAGUUGUUUUGUGUUUUAGAUUCGUGGUUCUACAAAUAGGAGUCAUGUAUUUUCAUUCAAGUUCAGCAACCAAAUACAAGUGUUUUCGAGUUCUUCAAGAACUUGUUUUGCUUAAAUUCUCCUUCGAGGAUUCAGGAGGUUUGAGUGUCUCUUAUCAACUAGAAGAUCACAUCUAGUUGUGGCGAUCUUCGACGAUAUCGGUUGGCUUCUUCCACGAGUUCGAGAUUUUUUAGAAGGUUUUAUAUACCUUCUGGCCCUUCUCACGAGUUCAAAUUUGUUUGAUCGAUUCCGCAUUUAUCUUUACUUUUCGUGUUAUUCAAGAAAGGAGAAAACCCCUAAAUAGUUCGACGUGUGCGACUCUGGUGUUUUGGUGCAAGUUUGAGUGAAUUCUUGAAUUAGGGUCAUAUCAAGUGGUAUCAAGAGCCCGGUUCAAACGCAGCAGAGAGGAGAUAGAUUCUUGGAGUUCUUGGCAGUUCGUGAACCAUUAUUGUAAGUUUUGAACCUCAAGAAAGCAAAUCUUGAAUGUUCUUGGAAGAGUUUUUUGUGCGGCAAGGAAGGUAUCUUGAAGACAAAGCAUUCGUGUGGUUCUUAUUUAGCAAGAAACCAUGGUGGAUCAAGCACAAGACGUGGCGGCACAACUUCAACAAAUCGUCGCGCAAGUAGCAAAGGUACUUCAAGAACAAGUGGCGACUAAGACACAAAUUGAGGCAUUGCAAAGGCGUGAUCAAGAUCAACCUCAACCACGAGAUCAAGGGCCACCCCAAGGUGAGUAUGCAAACCCUAACCCUAGGGAGCAACGAGAAGAAAUGAGAGUUUACGAGCAGUUCAACGUGCAAUUUAUGAGCAUGUUCGUCGACAUAGGCCAUUGGGAGGGCAUCGUGGUACAAGUCGAGACUUUUCUUCAGCUCAACCUCCUUUAUAUACCCAGAUCGGGCUCAGAUCACGGGCGUGAACUGAAAGCCCGGACUGUGAUCUCAAGUCGAAACGCGCCGCAUCACUAAGUCCAAUUCACAGGCAAUGGCCUGAGUUCACGAUCUUACGACCGUGAAUUGACUUGUGUCCCGUGAAAACAAUUUGUGCUCUAGAUGCCUGGCUGUCAUGGGUAGCGCCUCUAGUUUACGGUCUUUGUUACCGUGAACUCACAAUCCAAACCGUGAUCUGCUGCUGCUUCCACCCAUUGACUUGAUUUUUCGCCCUUUCGUCCAACUUUUGACCCCGGGGUUGGUUCCACCUGCCAAAGUAUGAAAAGCACCAAAAUACGGCAAAAACUGGCAUAAAACUAAACCUCUCGGAGUAAAAAUGCUUCAAACGACUAAGCAAACUGGGGGUAAAAAUUGUACAAAUGUGCCUAAAUCAAUAUACUAAGUUAAUCCUA